AUGGCAAAUAUUCCGUCUAUCUUUCGUGAAAAGUCCAUUGCUCGACGUUUAAAGAACUACUGCGACCCCACCCCAAGGGAGCAUCCUCCGGUGGACAACCCGUCAGGCUACGCUGAUAUUACUCUGACAGUUCAGUACCAAACGGAUCUUGACAUUAUAGGAGUUGGAGCAGCAGGCCAAGUCUACAAUGUCGAUGAUUAUACCGUUCUGAAGGCCUGCCGGAUAUAUGAGCCUCCAUCAAGCGACGCCACUCCACGAGCCUUGUGGGAUUAUGCCUCAGAAACUAUUUUCCACUUUGGGCUCCUAAAAGAUGAGAAGACCGUGUUUCGCCUCCUUACAGAGCAUCCUCAUCCAAACAUCAUAGAGGCCAUUGAUAGGGACCAUCCGGAAGGUAUCUACCUUUGCAAAUACCGUCCAUUUUCCGACACGACACCAGCAACCCAGUCAGACCGUGUCCUUUGGUAUCGGGACAUCAGGCGAGCGCUUCUUCACCUCCAUGGUCUUGGCAUCGCCCAUUCGGAUAUAUGCAAGCAUAACAUACUUUCUGAUACCAACGGCCACGCUUUACUUGGAGAUUUCGGUGCCUGCUGUCCAUUUGGAAAGCCCAAUCCUUCUCCACCGUUCCUACUUAAUGGGCCGUCGGAGACGGUCUCUGACGGGACAGAUAGGUUUGCUAUGGGUUGCCCGGUUUACGAAUUGGAGAUCGGAGUCCCAGCGGAAAUAUCCGUGGAUGAUCACAAACGCCUUGUUUUACCCGGAUCCAUACUGGCCACAGUGGUCUUGAUUGUCUGA